AUGGCUAGAGCAGUCGGUAUCGAUCUGGGAACAAUAUCGUCAUGUGUCGCAGUAUUUAGCCAUGAGAACGUAGAGAUCAUUGCUAAUGAACAAGGACGUCGAACAACACCAUCUUAUGUCGCAUUUACUGAAAGUGGACGUUUAUUCGGAGAUGCCGCUAAAAAACAGAUGGGAAUGAACUGUGGUAAUACAAUUUUUGCUGUUAAACGACUCAUUGGUCGUCAGUUUGAUGAUUCCACUGUUCAAACUGAUAUAAAACAUUGGCCAUUCAAAGUUAUCAACGUUAGUGGUAAACCAGAAAUCCAAGUUGAAUAUAAAAACGAAAUAAAGUCAUUUGUUCCAGAAGAAAUAUUAGCGAUGGUAUUAACGAAAAUGAUCGAAAUAACAGAGAUUCAUUGUGGUAAAAAGAUAUCUGAGGCUGUCAUUACUGUUCCAGCUGGUUUUAACAGUUGGCAGCGUCAAUCCAUCAGAGAUGCCGCUUGUAUUGCUGGUCUUUGUGUACUACAUAUCAUCGAUGAAUCAACAGCCGCCGCUCUCGCCUAUGGAAUCAACUUCCACACUACAGGUGAACGAAAUGUAUUGGUUUUUAAUUUGGGCGGUGGUACUUUUAAUGUAUCGGUUUUAAAGAUUGAUGAGAGAACUUUUGAGGUUAAAUCAGUGGCCGGUGAUGCACACUUAGGAGGUGAAGAUUUUCUUAAUCGAUUAGUAUCAUAUUUUGUUCAAGAAUUCAAACACAAAUACGACAAAAAUCUAUCUGAUGAUAAGCGAGCUCUUGUGCGUCUACGCUCUGCUUGUGAACGCGCUAAAAUCACAUUAUCAUCGUCAUUGAACGCAUCGGGUGAGAUUGAUUCAUUGCAUGAUGGGAUUGAUUUUUAUUCAGCAAUAACACGUACUCGUUUCGAAAACCUAUGUGCUGAUCUCUUUCGUUCAACACUUGAACCAGUUGAAAAGGCAUUACGUGACGCUAAAAUGGAUAAAGCAAGUAUUCAUGACAUUGUUCUAGUCGGUGGAUCAAUACGCAUUCCAAAAGUGCAAAACCUUCUUCAGGAUUUCUUCAAUGGAAAAGAAUUAGUUCAAUCAAUAAACCCCGACGAGGCCGCAGCCUAUGGUGCUGCCAUUCUGGCGGCUAUUUUAACAGGUUAUCGAUCAGCGAAGAUCAAAGACGUGAUUUUACUUGAUGUAAUACCUAAUGCCGGCGCCAACGGGGGGCGAGGGNUGAAAAUUUUUUGGUACAAACUGAUAAAUUCUUGUAAAAAAUACCAAUUUGUGGGGGCUGAGCCCCCACAAAAAAAUUUUGGGGGGGCUCAGCCCCCCCAAAGUGAAAAUCCUGGCGCCGCCUCUAUUUCUUCUCUUCAACAUUUUUCAAAGGGCUUUGAAACAGCAGGUGGUGUAAUGACAACAAUAGUCAAGCGUAACACAACUAUUCCUACAAAGCAAACUCAAACAUUUACAACUUAUGCUGAUAAUCAAUCUGUUUUCAAUGCUUGUGUUUACGAAGGAGAACGAACCAUGACAAGAGACAACCGCUUACUGGGACAGUUUAGUCUGACUGGUAUUCCACCAGCACCCCGCGGUGUGCCACAAAUUGAGGUGACGUUUGAUAUUGAUGCCAAUGGUGUCUUGAAUGUCUCUGCUACUGAUAAAUCCACUGGACGUGAACAUAGAAUGACGAUUACAAAUGAUAAGCAUCGACUAUCAAGCAGUGAUAUAGAAAGAAUGAUUACUGACGCUGAAAAUUAUAGAAGAGAAGAUAAACUACAACGAGAUCGCACUGAAGCGAAGAAUUCACUUGAGUUAUUUUGUUACAAUAUCAAUGCAACGCUGCUUGGUGAAAAUCUGAUAGGUCGAAUUGACUUUGUUGAAGAUACUUUAACAUGGAUUGAAAUGAAUGAGUUUGCUACAAAAGAAGAGUUCGAAGACAAAAUGAAACAAAUGGAAAAAUUGCAUGCGGCAAUACUAUCAAAAGAUCAGCAAGACAAAUCUUUGACCAGUAUACCACGAGUUAUUAUUAAUGAAAGAAAUCGAACGGUACGUAUCGUGUGUCUGAGUGAUACGUACUCUCAAUACGGAUUUACACUUCCUGCUGGCGACAUCCUAUUGCAUACAGGCAACUUUUCGAUGUCAGGCGAACACAAUGAAAUCGAACAAUUCGUUGCGGUUUUCAAGUCUCUAUCACAAUUUCGAUUGAAAAUAUUCAUUGCGGGCAAUCACGAUAUCACUCUAGACGAAAUGUUCUAUGAGAACAAUUGGAAACGCUGGCAUAACAAUCACAAACAAAAUGCUACACAGGUCAAGCAACUUCUAUGUGAUCCCUCAUUAGCCAUCAAUUAUGGAAUUGUUUAUUUGGAAGAACAUCAGUUCAUUGAUAAUGUUACUGGUCUGAAAUUUUAUGGCAGUCCGUAUCAAACGGCAGAUGGCCAUUCAGCUUUUAAUUUACCGAUCAACAGUAUCGAAAUUCGAGAUGCCUGGUCUCGAAUUCCGGAUGACGUGAGCGUUCUUCUCACUAACUGCCCGCCGACUAACAUUCUUGAUAAAAACAACCUAGACAUACAUGUUGGCUGUGCUCAACUGCUUGCUCGUGUUAAUUCAAUCAAACCACGUUUACAUGUAUUUGGCCAUGUUCGUGAAGCAUGCGGACGUGUAAAUCGUGACUUGACGACAUUUGUUAAUGCAUCGAUUUGUAAUCUGAAUUAUGAAGCUGUACACGAACCUAUUGUCAUCGAUUUGGAGUUAAAGAACUGA